GAUUCUUUUUUUCGAAAUCAUGUCCUGGUGUCUCGAUUCUUUGGUGCCGUGUGCAUUCAGUGUUUAAAUACAAUGAACGAAACAGUAGCGACGAUCACAAAUGCUCCUGUCUUGUAAAGGAAUCAUUAUGUGGAAGAUAAUAGUGUUGUGUACGAUCCUGGGUCUGGCGAUCGCCGAAAAAGCCAGAUUCAAUAAUUAUAAAGUCUUCAGGAUUAUCCCAACUACAGCGGCACAGGUCGAAAUUCUACGCGAGCUGGAAGAAAUCUCUGAUGGGUUUUCUUUUUGGGAAACACCGAGCUUUGUGGGCAGAAAUGUGGAUCUUAUGGUAGCACCACAUAAAUUGCCCCAAUUCUACGAAAUAAUGGCUCAGAUCGGAAUACCUCAUCAGAUUCAUAUCGAGGAUGUUCAGGCGCUCAUAGAUGAAACGACUCCUAUGAUUCGAUCAAAAUCGUUCGAUUUCACCAACUAUCAGCCUCUUGACAAAAUUUACAACUAUCUAGACGAGUUGGCUAAUAAUUCGGACAAAGUAAAUACUAUUAUAGGCGGCAAGACAUAUGAGGGACGUCAAAUCAAAGGCGUUAAGCUUUCUUUCAAGGCAAAUAAUCCCGGAAUCUUUAUUGAGGGUGGUAUUCAUGCCAGGGAAUGGAUCAGUCCGGCAACUGUCAUGUACAUUUUGAAUGAAUUAUUGACCAGCAAUAAUACAGAUGUCAGAGCUCUGGCCGAGCGUUACGAUUGGUACAUUUUCCCUUCAUUUAAUCCUGACGGAUAUGUAUACACACACACUACGAACCGAAUGUGGAGAAAGACGCGUAAGCCGUAUGGUCUCAUCUGUACUGGCAGCGAUCCCAACAGAAAUUGGGAUUACAAAUGGAUGAGUGGAGGUGCUAGCAGCAAUCCAUGCUCCGAAACCUAUGCCGGAAGUGCGCCGUUCUCCGAUAUAGAAACGAAGAGUAUGUCUGAAUACAUCAAGUCCAUAGCAGAUAAGUUUGACGCAUACAUCUCGUUCCACAGUUAUUCGCAGCUAUUAAUGUUCCCUUACGGCCACACAACAGAACAUCUUGAGAAUUACGACGAGGAAUAUGCCAUCGGUUCUAAAGCGAUUGCAGCUCUCAAACAAAGAUACGGAACAGAGUAUGUAACAGGAAAUAUUGCCGAGACGAUCUAUGUGGCCAGUGGAAGUACUUGCGAUUACAUAAAAGGCACUUAUGGCAAACGUCUCUCCUACACCUAUGAAUUGCGUGAUCGUGGUCGUUAUGGCUUCUUAUUGCCUCCAAAUCAAAUUAUCCCGACUGGAGAAGAGACUCUGGAUUCUCUCGUAGCCAUGUUUAAAGAAGCAGAAGCACGUGGAUUUCCUAAGAAAAAUUAAGACUAACUUAAUUGAUUGUAAAUUUAAUAUUUUAUGUUAAUGAUAUAUAUUUUUGUUAUAUAAAUUGCUGAUUUUUAUGAUAUUAUUUUAUAAUUAAUUAACAAUAAUAAAUUUUGGUAUUUUGAUUUUUAAUAA